AUGAAGUUCUUAUCGGCCGCCACUCUUCUCCUCACGGCGCCUCUGGUCUCGGCUGCCUCCCUUCCCUCGCUCUUCGAUCCCUCGCAGGUCACAAUCAAGACAGAGGGCCCCCAGUUCCCAGUUGAGGGUGACAACCCAUUGGAGUAUUGCCAAAACCCAGAAACCCAUCUUCUCAAGAUCCACUCUGUCGAUCUCGCGCCCAAUCCCCCAGAGCCUGGUAAGACUCUCAACAUCAAGGCCAGCGGUAUCCUUAACGAGAGGAUUGAACAGGGCGCCACUGUGAGCCUGGAGGUCAAGUGGGGUCUCAUUACUCUGAUCAAGCAGACCGUCGAUCUCUGCAAAGAGCUCGAGAACGUCGAUAUGGAAUGCCCUCUGGAGAAGGGUGAAAUGUCGUUGACCAAACAGGUCGAUCUGCCCAAGCAAAUUCCUCCGGGUAAAUACUCUGUCCUCGCCGACGUCUACGACAAAGACCAGAAACAGGUUACCUGCCUGAAGGCCAACGAUAUCACGUUCCACCUUUAG